UCUCCAGUUCAGAGCUCCAAAAUUAUUCCUUUCUUCUCAGCGAGCACCGCUGGGAUCCCAAAGGAGGCAUCACCUCCGAUCGAUCCUCUCCGCACCCACCCAGUAAUCCUCUCCUUGCUCCCCUCUCGCCGCCGCCGAGCCUACUCUCUCAAGGUGCGGAGUCGCCGUCCCUCGCGGGCCCGUUUGAUCCGCGAGAACCGCCUGCCCUCCGUGUUCCUGCGGGCGGCGGAGUGGCUGGCUCUGGAAUCUUUGUUCUUGGGGGCUCAUGAGCGCAAUGGAACUACUUGCGUGAAAGGGAGCUUGCCUUUGUGGAGUCUGCGGGAGGGUCGAGCUGUGGGAGGGAGGAUGCAGGGGAAGGCGCAGCUCUCGGAUUCCAACCGGCGGAUCAUGGAGGUCGACGCGCCGCCGCGGCGGGUGUACCAGGCGUGGAAAGGAAGCAACUUGUUUUUCCUUGGAGGUAGACUUAUCUUUGGGCCAGAUGUGAGGUCACUCGUGCUCACAGUAUGUUUAAUUGUAACCCCAGUCAUAUUCUUUGCUGCCGCCGUUUGUCCACAGCUUGGUCAUGAGUUCCAGAGCCAAAUUGGAGGUUGGGUGGCAUCUGUAGCUGUCAUCUUUACGGCAUGUAUUCUUCUUGUUCUACUUCUCACAUCUGGGCGUGAUCCUGGAAUUGUUCCUCGAAACGCUCACCCCCCAGAGCCUGAAGACAUUGGUGAAUCCCCAGAUUGGCCUGGCGGUCAACAUGGUUCAACAGGUUUACCACUUACAAGGGAUGUUCUUGUCAAUGGCGUUUCGGUCAAGGUCAAAUAUUGCCAUACAUGCAUGCUGUAUCGUCCACCAAGGUGCUCUCAUUGCUCAAUCUGCAACAACUGUGUAGAACGUUUUGAUCACCACUGUCCGUGGGUAGGUCAGUGCAUUGGAAAGAGGAACUACCGUUUCUUCUUCAUGUUUGUGUCUUCAACUACCCUACUCUGCAUAUAUGUGUUUGCAUUCUGCUGGGUCAAUCUCAAGAGAAUUAUGGACAUGCAUGAAUGUAAAAUUGGUAGAGCCCUUUUGAAGUCUCCUAUCUCUGGAUUUCUCAUUCUAUACACAUUUAUUGCUGUGUGGUUUGUAGGAGGAUUGACUUCAUUCCACCUCUAUUUGAUUUCUACAAAUCAGACUACUUAUGAGAACUUCCGAUACCGUUACGACCGGAAAACAAAUCCUUACAACCUUGGAGCGACCCAGAAUUUCAUUGACAUCUUAUUUUCAAGGAUCCCCAGCUCAAAAAACAAUUUCAGAGCAAAAGUUAAGGAGGAUUCUGCUACCUUCACGACAUCCCUCAGUAUGGGACGGGUUCUAAGUCCGCCCAAGAUGAGUGUGGACCUUGAGAUGGGCACGAAAAGGCAAGCUGUGGCUGCGGAGGACUUGGAAGACUUGCACAGCCAGAUCGGCAGUGCUAUGGGUCUGGAGAGAUGUGGCACUGAACCCCCGCAUUUUGUUGGUCGAAAAGGCUGCUCUGAGAUUUCAUCUGACAUAGAGGCAUUUGCAGAAGAGUUUGGCAUGGAACGUGGGCUCAGUGAGAGGAAAAAGAUUGAGCGACGCACAAAUGAUGGUCCAUAGAAAGUUUCGUUAUCAUAAGCCCCUCUCCAACAUUCUGUCAAUCCCUCAACUUAGGCAGCAAAAGUUUGGAAAGUUGAAAAAGAAGUAGGACAAAAUGGUAGAAUGAAUUUGACAGGCAUUGGUUAGUUCAUUUGGCUGAAAUUUCCAGCCAAGACUUCAUUUAGAAGUAAUAGAUGUUCAUUAACGACAUAGGAAUGAUGAAUCCGCACUCGGUUUGGAUGAUUUUAUACUGCUAGUUCUAUGUACUCUUGGUCCAUGUGUUGUAUUGUAUGUGUGGUUGUAUGUGUGGUGUGGCAUUGUUGCUUCUGAUUUUGUUGAAGCUGUAAUUUGUAACAUCAACCUGCUAUCAGAUUUCCUCACUUCUGUUUGCCAACCAAAUAGUUUCUGAGA